UUGCGCUCGAUGCGACAUGUAUACGUUCUUUCAUGUAGUGUUUAUAGAGGUUAGUUGUUUUUGAAGGAGGAUAAACACCAACUAAGAUGACUACCUACUGAAAGCCGUCAACUUCGACAGAAUCCUGGACACCACAUGACGUCUACGACAGACAACUCGCAAGAGAUAACUAAUGGUUUUAGAUUGAUGAGAUUGAUCAUCGAAGGUGGGUCAAAAGCAUUGAGAAUCACACUGAGAAAUCAAACAGCAGGUAAUACACUACUGAAUGUUUUAAACGAUCCAAUAAGUAGUUCGAUUUUGACAAAUCUUAAAAAUAGGAAAAUACUCAAGCAAAAUCAAUGGGACCUUCUGUAUCCAGGUCCUCUAGGUGUACCCAAUGAUAAUGAUUUUGAUAUUACAUUGCUCUGUCUACUUUUGUCAAACGUUUGCGGUUUGAAACCAUCAAAUGAUCCGGUUUGGAAGACAGCGCCAAUCCACUCCAACCAUUCAACUGAAGCAGAUGUUACUCGUAUAAGGUUAUUUCGAAAUAAGUAUUUAGGUCACGCAUCUGAUAUCGCCAUAGGCAUCGACGAAUUUGAAAAUUUGUGGUUUGAAGUUAGCAGACCUUUAGUUCGCUUAGGAUUAGGCGAGAGCGAAAUAGAUCGGCUUAAGUAUCAGUCAUGUGGAACUAAAGACGUUUUAAAAGUAUUGGAUCAAAUAAAUGUCGUGAAAGAAAAUUUGGAAUUAAUGAAUGCCAAUGUUGAACGUGUUAAGGAGGAUUUUUACCAAGUUAGUGCUAAUUUUGAAAGCAUGAAAGAGGAUGUUCAUGACAUAAGUAUGAAUUUUAAAACACUUAUGACACAAAUUCAAGAAGGCUCAGAUGAUGAUGUUUUAAGGAAAAAACUUGUCAUGUGUAAUUUUAGUUGUGAAAUCGAGCAUCAUUAUGGAAAGUUUAUAGAGCAUACCCGGGAAUGGGUUUUCGAUAAAUUUAUGGCUUGGUUCCAUGACAACACAUCAGAAAAACGCGCAUUCGUCAUAUCAGCACUAGCUGGCAUGGGUAAGUCGGUAAUUGCAGCUGUUCUUUGCAAGCGUUUCCCUAAAUACAUUGCCGCAGUUCAUUUUUUUCAGUAUAACAACAGUCAGUACAACAAAGCUAAUGUUGUACUUCAAUCCCUAGCUUUGCAGUUAAGUCGAGCUUUCCCAAGUUACAAAAAACGCUUGCUGAAAAAGCUUUCUGGAAAUCUUAGUCAACCUUUGAAUAGCAUGAAUGUCGAGGGCUUAUUUUCUAUUCUUUUUAAAGAGCCGCUCUCUGAAAUAUUUGAAAUUCCUACACCGAUGUUGGUUUUGUUAGAUGCUGUUGACGAAUGCGGGUCCCUGGAAAGACCUCAUCUCGCAAACUUGAUUGCAAAUCACUUGCACAAACUUCCAGCUUAUCUUCGAUUUGUGAUCACAACACGACCUGAGGAAAAUCUUUUGUACAAGUUUGAAAAUUUAAAUCCACUUUUCAUUAAGUGUUGCGAUGAACGAAACUUGCGUGAUGUUAAAUUCAUUAUUCAAGAAAGAAUUCGUGACAAUGCUACCAUUUCCCAAGGUCUUUUAAAUGAUUUAGCUAAUAAGUCAGAAGGAGUGAUGCUUUUCGCUUGCCUUCUAUGUGAACGUCAUAACGAAAAUCCCGAGUCAUUUGACAUCAACAAAUUGCCAAAAGUUCUUGAAGAACAUUACGAAGCGUACUUGAAAAGAUUGGGCAAGGAGUUAGAUUCAUUGGGCGUAAGUGAGGACAAGUUUCACUUCUUUUUAACUGUUUUAGCUGUCGCUAAAGAACCUCUUCCACAAGACGUGUUCAAUGCAGCGUUUUGCUUGAAUUCGAAAGCGAAAUUAAACAAAAUAAGAAAAGUCCUCUCAUCUCUGUUCGUCACCAAUGCAAAAGGAUCAGUUUCUUUCUUUCAUAAGUCUUUAAGUGAUUGGCUAACAGGCAGUUUGUAUCAUGAUUACUCGGUUGAUGUCAUCGAGGGGCAUAAUUUUCUUUUUUUGUGUUCAUGCCAAACUAUGGAUAUGCUUAAAUCUUCAGGUGUAAGUAGUGAUGCCAUCGAACAAGCUUCAGUAAGGUAUUCACUCAUGUUUUGGCUACAUCAUAUGCUUGAACUUCCUGAUUAUGACCAUUCCUUUUAUGUUAGCAAGUAUCUCGUUGACUUAGAAGUUCUUUUUGCCUUGGUAUUGAUUGACGUCGACGUUGCUUUGAGCAAUAUAAUGAUCCUUAUUAGCCACGACAUUUACUUUAAUCUUCCUCAAGAUAUUCGAGCGACAGUUACCACCAUGUAUUGUCUCAUUAAAAGGAAUCAAUACAUGUUGGAGAAAAUUCCCAAAGCUUUUUUACAAACGGUUGCUAAUGAGUUUAGGUGUCUUUCGUCGAAAGCAACUUCCCUGCUUCGAUCUCGUUUUAUGGAUAUCGCUUAUCUUGAGCUAAGGGAAAAUGAAAAAUCUACCACUGGCCUUGAGUCCCAGUUUUUCUUUUCUAGUGGAAUACUUUCUCUCGAUGUUUCCCCUGAUCAUCGUUAUGUGGUCUGUUGCAAUUCGAAUAGUGAGGUCGAAUUGUUUUCUUUGACAACGGAAGAGACUCUCUGGAUAAGAAAAGACUUUAUUUGCAAAGCUGAAAAAGUCAGUGUUGUUUUUCAUCCAUUUGAAAGUUUAAUCUUUGCGGGUAGGUUGGAUCUAGUGAUCAUGAUGGAUGGUAAGACAUCUCUUGGGCCAUUCGAUUGUAGCGGUUGCAUCUCUGUUUUCUAUACAAGAUGCUGCUACUCAAAAGAUAAGACUAUAAUGGUCACAUAUUAUGAAAAGAGUAUAACAAUAUGGGAUGUUAACAGUGGGAAGAAAGACCGUAUUCUUGAAUGUGAAUCUCUGAUCUCUUUCUCUUUUACCUUGAGUGGAUUGUAUUUCGGGACUUUUGAUAAUAACAAGAUUUUAAGAGUGUAUGAUGUAGUAAAAUCGUAUAAAGUAAUUGAGUUUGAAUGUCCAACUACCACUGAUGGUGUACCUCCAGAUUAUAUAAUUUCCACUCUCGGACAACAUUCCUGGUGCUGCAAAGCACAUCACAUCUUACUAAUUGUGAAUCCUACUGGUGAGAAACUUUCUGAUUUGCAUUUCGACAACAUUUAUAAUACCAUUGUCCCAGUUGAUCCUUUCUUUUCUAUCUUGUCUGGAAGGUCUUGGUUUGCAAGGGUGAAACCAGCUCUCGGUCGUGGUAUUUGUUCGUACUUUUACUUAAGUGAUCAAAAGUUGUUGAUAUUUCGAUAUCGUUAUUCUCAAAUGAAUUUGGUUUCUCUCAAAACUUUAAAAGACUUUCGCGAACCCGACGAUCUCCAAGAUUGUAACGUCUUUUCGAACAGAAAUGGUGACAUUUAUUACAUAAAUAGUAUUGAGAAUGAAAGCUUAGUUAUUCACAAUGUUAAUACAAAAAACACUGUUGUCAACGCAGGUGUCUUUAACGUUCAGGUUGUGGUUAGGAAAGGUGUGAUUUUACUUACAAACGGAGGGAAUGUACAGCUGUGGAAUAAAGAUAUGACGUUAUGUGUCCAUAAUUUUGAUCAACUGAAAGGGAUAGAACGAGUUUUGAAAGUCUCCGAGGAUUUGAUUGCAUGUCAACUUCGUACUUCUGUUGUAUUCUUCAAUGUUUAUUCACAGCAGAUAGAAUCGCAAACAGAUUUCAAUGAAGUCCUUUAUAAAGUACAUGCAUGUAGCGCUAAGUAUCAUGUUCUUGCCAAAACAAAAACAGAACGUCUUUCGUUGCGGCAACAUGGAACAGACGUGGUUUGCUUGGAUGCUGUUUUAGGAAAUCAUAUCGGAUCGAGAGGCCUUUAUAUUCCAGCUGCGUUUUCUCCAAAAGCGGAUAAACUUGCGAUCUCUGGCAACCGCAUUAAUCCCUCUCCUUCAUUGUUGAUAAUUGAUGUGCACAAAAUCCGGGUUUUGUCAGCAAUUUCCCUCUUUGACUUUAUCCCUCCAGAUGAGAUAUUUUUUCUUGACGGUAGGUUCUUGAUAAGUAAAAUGUUGUAUAAUUUACAGUUGGUCGAUACGGAGCAUAGCGAGAUAUCAAGUUAUGUACAUCAUGACGUUGUUUUAAAUGGUUUUGCGAUAUGUAAUCAACGUAAUGCUAUUGUCUGUACCAAUCGUUUUGGCGAAAUCGUUACUAUAAACUUCCAUUUGCCACGUGACAAAUGUCUGACGCGAAGUUAGGUUCUAAUUUAGACUCGAUGAUAAUGAACUGCAUAGCAUCGAAACAAUCAACAACAUUACAAAAGUGUCUUACAA